AACUUUCAAAAAUUAAAUUAUACGUCAAAGAAAUUUUCAUCACUAUACCCUGUAUUAAUAUUAAAACAGAACAUGUAAAAUAAAGAAAAAAAUAAGUAUAAUAAAAAAAAAUGGUCCCUAUCAUUGUCUUGAAUUGAGUGCUUCUUUAAUUUGGAAGCUGUGCUGUAUUAAAAAUGGCUAGUUGUUGCACGUGCAGUGGGGCCAGCAGCGGUGUUAAGUCCAGCUUGCCGCUGAUUUGCCUAGUGCCCCGCGACGACGCUCGCCUACCCACCCCGGCUGGUACCAAUAAGCCCCGACCAGCAUCAGCCGGCUCCUCGGCCCGGAGCGGCUUCCAACUUCUUGACGAGGAUUAUAUAAAGAAGCACUUCAAACUGCCACAGCGGGCUCUGUACUUGGACCCGUUCAGACGUCCAUUGAUCACAUUUCCUAUGACGCAAGAGGACGCGAAGAAUUUCAACUUGGAUAGAAAGUAUAAGAUAAAUCAGCAGAUCUUAGACGGGUUCCUGGAUCCCAGCGAGGCUAUCUCGGCGCCUAGUGUUUUUCCAUAUGCUAAAACUGAGGCAGAGAAACGGAAAGAGGCCGACGAAGAUGAGGAGAUCAUUUACAUUCUGCAACUACCGGAUUGGGAGUUCAAGUGUCCUGUUCACAAUCAAGCAAUAAGAACGCCGAGGUUCAUUUGGCAUUCGUGUAAGAAACCGAAGAAAGAUAAAGGUGACGAACUGAAAAAAGGUGGGGGACCACUAAACAAGCCUAAACCUUGGUUACUUAGUCGACAUACUGAUUUUGAUUUGUUAUCUCAGUGGUAGCCAAAUUUUUCGUUUAAGAAUUAAAAUUACACUGUCACCUUCAAAUAAUACCUACACAAAUAAAAAAUGCAU